ACUGUUAAAGAGCCAUUCUCUUUCGUGCAGGUGGCUUUAAUAUUUUUUGUUUUCCCAAAGGAGAAAAUAAGCACUACUUUCAAAAAUGGACUUUUCACUCCACUCUGCCUCUUUCACCUUGAAGGUGACCUUAUUGUUGGGAACCUUUCUCAGCCUCUGUCUUGGCCUUGAGUUUAUGGGCCUUCCAAAUCAGUGGGCUCGUUACCUCCGCUGGGAUGCAAGCACAAGAAGUGACCUAAGCUUCCAAUUGAAGACAAACAUCUCAGCUGGGCUCCUUCUCUACUUUGAUGAUGGUGGUGUCUGCGACUUUCUCUGUUUAUCCCUGAUGGAUGGACGCAUUCAGCUGCGGUUCAGUGUAGACUGUGCUGAAGCUACAAUUGUUACAGAAAAGCAAGUCAAUGACAGCAAUUUACAUUUUUUGAUGGUUAGUCGCAACCAUCUCCGGACAGUUCUGGUUCUUGAUGGUGAAGCCAAACCUGGUGAGGUGCGUCCACAACGUCAAUAUAUGAAUAUUGUUAGUGACCUCUUUUUGGGAGGUGUCCCAUCAGAUAUCCGUCCUGCAGCCUUAACCCUUGAGAGUGUCCUGGGUGAGCCAUCAUUUAAAGGAUUUAUCAUGGACCUGAAAUACGGCAAUUCAGAACCUCAGCUUCUGGGACACCAAGGAGUCCGCCUGGACAUGGAAGGGUUGUGUACAGAGAAUCCUUGUGAAAAUGGUGGAACUUGCUUUCUUCUGGAUGGUGAACCACAGUGUGAUUGCUCAGCCACUGGAUACAUUGGGAAACUCUGUUCUGAAGAAAGAAACCCAAUGCAAGGAAAUUUACAUUUAUCUUUCAAUUCUAGUGGGAAAGAUGAGAAUGUAGCCACUUUCCGUGGCUCCGAAUACCUGUGCUAUGACCUCUCCCAGAACCCGAUUCAAAGCAGCAGUGACGAAAUCACACUGUCCUUCAAGACUUGGCAACGCAACGGCCUUAUCCUGCACACGGGCAAGUCGGCUGAUUAUGUCAACCUGGCUCUGAAAGAUGGCGCCGUCUCACUGAUCAUUAACUUAGGAUCUGGAGCCUUUGAAGCCAUUGUGGAGCCAGUCAGUGGCAAAUUUAAUGACAACCAAUGGCACAACGUAAAAGUGACUCGCAACUUGCGGCAGCACUCAGGCAUUGGACACGCUAUGGUGACAAUCUCAGUGGAUGGAAUCCUUACCACUACUGGCUACACACAAGAGGAUUAUACUAUGCUUGGCUCAGAUGACUUCUUCUAUGUUGGUGGAAGUCCCAGUACGGCUGAUUUACCUGGAUCUCCUAUCAGCAAUAACUUCAUGGGUUGUCUGAAGGAGGUUGUUUAUAAGAAUAAUGAUAUUCGUCUGGAGUUAUCUCGUUUGGCAAGGAUUGGUGACACAAAAAUGAAAAUCUACGGGGAGGUGAAAUUUACAUGUGAGAAUGUAGCCACAUUGGAUCCAAUCAAUUUUGAAAAUCCCGAGGCCUACAUUAGCCUGCCUAAGUGGAACACCAAGCGAAUGGGGUCUAUCUCUUUUGACUUCCGCACUACAGAGCCCAAUGGCCUUAUUCUUUUCACUCAUGGUAAACCCCAGGAGAGGAAGGAUUCCAGAAGCCAGAAGAAUACCAAAGUGGAUUUCUUUGCAGUAGAACUCCUGGAUGGAAAUCUCUACCUUCUUCUUGAUAUGGGCUCUGGAACUGUUAAAGUAAAGGCAACUCAGAGGAAAGCUAACGAUGGAGAAUGGUAUCAUGUUGAUAUACAGAGAGAUGGUAGAUCAGGUACCAUUUCAGUGAACAGCAGACGGACACCUUUCACUGCAAGUGGAGAGAGUGAGAUCUUGGAUCUGGAAGGAGACAUGUACUUGGGAGGACUGCCUGAAAAUCGGGCUGGCCUUGUCCUUCCUACUGAGCUGUGGACAGCUAUGUUGAACUAUGGUUAUGUGGGCUGUAUCCGAGACCUCUUCAUUGAUGGGCGGAGCAAGAACAUCCGGCAGCUGGCAGAGCAGCAGAAUGCAGCUGGUGUCAAAUCUUCCUGCAUUAGGGUCAACACCAAACAAUGUGAUAGUUAUCCCUGUAAGAACAAUGCUGUCUGCAAGGAUGGCUGGAAUCGCUUCAUUUGCGACUGCACAGGCACUGGCUACUGGGGAAGAACAUGUGAACGGGAGGCCUCCGUCCUGAGUUAUGAUGGCAGCAUGUAUAUGAAAAUUGUUAUGCCUAUGGUCAUGCAUACAGAGGCUGAGGAUGUGUCCUUCCGCUUCAUGUCCCAGCGUGCGUAUGGUCUGCUGAUGGCCACAACAUCACGUGAUUCAGCUGAUACACUACGGCUUGAACUAGAUGGAGGCCGGGUGAAACUCAUGGUCAAUCUAGGUAAAGGACCAGAAACCCUUUAUGCUGGGCAAAAACUCAAUGAUAAUGAGUGGCACACAGUCCGAGUGGUACGCCGAGGAAAGAGUCUCAAACUUACAGUUGAUGAUGAUGUUGCCGAAGGUACAAUGGUUGGUGACCACACUCGGUUGGAGUUCCACAACAUUGAGACUGGGAUAAUGACAGAGAAGCGUUACAUCUCUGUCAUUCCUUCCAGCUUCAUUGGCCACCUUCAGAGCCUCAUGUUCAAUGGCCUUCUCUACAUUGACUUAUGCAAGAAUGGAGACAUUGAUUAUUGUGAAUUGAAAGCCCGCUUUGGGCUUCGUAACAUCAUUGCUGAUCCCGUUACCUUCAAGACCAAGAGCAGCUACCUGAGCCUAGCAACUUUGCAGGCCUAUACCUCCAUGCAUCUCUUCUUCCAGUUCAAGACAACGUCUGCUGAUGGUUUCAUCCUUUUCAACAGUGGGGAUGGAAAUGAUUUCAUUGCAGUUGAGCUGGUCAAGGGGUAUAUACAUUAUGUGUUUGAUCUCGGAAAUGGACCUAAUGUUAUCAAGGGCAAUAGUGAUCGCCCAUUGAAUGACAACCAGUGGCACAAUGUAGUUAUCACCAGAGACAACAGCAACACCCAUAGCCUAAAAGUGGAUACCAGGGUUGUUACUCAGGUCAUCAAUGGUGCCAAAAACCUUGACCUUAAGGGUGACCUGUACAUUGCUGGACUGGUUCAAGGAAUGUAUAGCAAUCUCCCAAAGCUGGUAGCAUCCAGAGAUGGAUUUCAGGGAUGUCUAGCAUCAGUAGACUUGAAUGGGCGCCUACCAGAUCUCAUUAAUGAUGCGCUGCACCGUAGUGGGCAGAUUGAGCGGGGAUGUGAAGGACCAAGCACCACCUGCCAAGAAGAUUCCUGCGCCAACCAAGGCAUCUGUAUUCAGCAGUGGGAAGGCUUCACUUGCGAUUGUUCCAUGACAUCAUAUUCUGGAAAUCAGUGCAAUGACCCUGGGGCCACAUAUAUCUUUGGGAAAAGUGGAGGCCUCAUCCUGUAUACUUGGCCAGCAAAUGACAGACCCAGUACAAGGACAGACCGCCUAGCUGUUGGGUUCAGCACAACAGUAAAAGAUGGCAUCUUGGUACGGAUUGACAGCGCCCCUGGCCUUACUGACUUUUUGCAACUUCAUAUAGAACAAGGCAAAAUUGGUGUAGUCUUCAAUAUUGGCACAGUAGAUAUCUCUAUCAAAGAAGAGAGCACUCCUGUGAAUGAUGGCAAAUACCAUGUAGUGCGUUUUACCCGAAAUGGUGGUAAUGCAACACUUCAGGUAGAUGGAUGGCCAGUUAAUGAACAUUACCCUUCAGGACGACAGUUAACGAUCUUCAACACCCAGGCUCAAAUAGCCAUUGGAGGAAAAGAUAGAGGGCGUCUCUUCCAAGGUCAGCUUUCCGGUCUCUAUUACAAUGGCUUGAAAGUAUUGAACAUGGCAGCAGAAAACAACCCCAACAUCAAAAUCAAUGGAAGUGUUCGGCUGGUUGGUGAAGUGCCAUCUAUUCUGGGGACAGCUCCCACAACUUCUAUGCCACCAGAGAUGUCCACCACCGUCAUGGAAACUACCACUACUAUGGCCACUACUACAACGCGAAAAAAUCGCUCCACACCUACCAUUCAGGAAAGUACAGAUCCUACAACAGAUGACCUCGUUUCUUCAGCAGAAUGUUCUAAUGAUGAUGAAGAUUUCAUUGAAUGCGAGCAGAGUGUAGGAGGUGAAUUAGUUAUCCCUCUUCUUGUAGAAGACCCUUUAGAUAUCCCUCCUAUUACUACUCGUGCACCUUUCAUUACACUCCCCACUACCUUCCGUCCCCUCCUCACCAUUAUUGAGACCACCAAAGAUUCCCUGUCCAUGACCUCUGAGGCGGGGUUACCUUGCUUGUCGGACCAAGGCAGCGAUGGUUGUGAUGAUGAUGGCUUGGUGAUAUCUGGGUAUGGCUCAGGGGAAACUUUUGACUCUAAUCUACCCCCUACUGAUGAUGAAGAUUUUUACACCACCUUCUCCUUGGUAACAGAUAAAACCAAGGACUUUAGACCUAACAAAGUCUUCGAAACUGGUAGGACUGCUAUCACAGCUUUGUCCCCUGAGCUGAUCCGCUCCACAGCUUCGUCCUCGACUGGGAUGGUGCCCAAAUUGCCAGCUGGCAACAUGAAUAACCGUGACCUCAAACCCCAGCCUGAUAUAGUCUUGCUUCCGUUGCCCACUGCCUAUGAGCUAGACAGCACAAAACUGAAGAGCCCACUAAUAACUUCCCCCAUGUUCCGUAAUGUGCCCACAGCAAACCCCACGGAGCCAGGAAUCAGACGGGUUCCGGGGGCCUCAGAGGUGGUCCGUGAGUCGAGCAGCACAACGGGAAUGGUCGUCGGCAUUGUAGCUGCUGCUGCCCUCUGCAUCCUGAUCCUCCUGUAUGCCAUGUACAAGUACAGGAACAGGGACGAAGGGUCCUAUCAGGUGGAUGAGACGCGUAACUACAUCAGCAACUCAGCCCAGAGCAAUGGCACGCUCAUGAAGGAGAAGCAGCAGAGUUCAAAGAGCGGCCACAAGAAACAGAAAAACAAGGACAAAGAAUAUUAUGUGUAAAAACAAAACAAAAAUAUUUAUAUAUAAAUAUAUAAAUAUUGAAUGAGCUAUAACUGAACCAAAACUGUUGCAGCCAACGAGAUUGGGAGAAACCGUCUGUGGUUUGAGACCAAUGUUGAGCAUAAACAUUUCAGUCGUUGACUGCUAAGUUUUCAAAUCACUGCUUGGAGUCCCCAAACUCUGCCCUCCUGUAUUAUAAAGCACAUAUAGUGUUCAAAAGAAGGCCUCCCCAGCAUAUCCAUGUUGGCAGACUUAAAAGCCUUCCGAGUUCCUCCUCAGCUGAACUGUUCUGCAAGGGCAGAAGACUUCACGGCUUACUUGUUUCGUAUCUCCAAGUGAGUCUUUAAUGAUGUUCACAAUAUUUGACUGUACUCUA